AUGCUGGCCGGCUUCUCAGCUGCAGUGGCGCGCAUCGACAUGGCCCUCGGGGAGCUGCCGCCCAAGGCGCUGUCGCACCUGCCCGACACCGCCGACGACGUGAUGGGCCUCCGCGCCAUCCUGCAGCGCACCACUUUUGCGCUGCCAGAGGCGCACCUGCAGCUGCUGGCCAGCUUCAGGGCGGCGUGCGAUGGGGUGAAGGCGUACGCGGCAGACUUGGAGGAGAAGUGCAAGGAUAUCCUGCAGGCGGUCAACGGCGAGCGCGCGCUUAACAAAUCGGAGUACGCCGCCGCCGUCGGCGACCUCCACCGCGAGAUCCGCACCCAGCGCGCCUACGCCAUCGCCGCCGUCGUCGACUCAGCCAACGCCUCCGCGGCCUUCGCUGCCGCCGCCGCCGCGGAGGGCGCCGCGGGCGACCCCGCCGCCGUCGCUGCCGCUGCGGCGGCGAUGGCGGCGGCGCGGGACCCGAACGAGGCGUAUGGGGACCACGCUGAGCUGUCGGCCUAUUACCUAAGGGUGCUUCUUGACGUCAUCAGGGUGGCGCAUGACGUGGAGGAUGAGGCGGUGCCCCUGGAGUACUUGUGCCCCCUCUCUACCCUCAUCAUGCACGACCCGGUGGUGCUGCUGGAGAGCGGCCACAGCUUCGAGCGGCAGGCGCUGCUGGACUGGUGGGCCAACGGCCACCGCAUGUGCCCCAAGACGGGAACGCACGGCGCCAACCACUGGUCACCGGCGGACGGGGCGCACGGAGCUCGAUGA